UAAACUGAAAACACCAACAUUUCUCAUCCUUGAAUUUAUAUUUCAUUGAAUCAAAAUGGGACAACACGUAUCGCGAAACGAUUUCGAGUGGGUUUACGACGAACAGCCACAUAUUGGAAGGCGCAACGCCAUGCUGAAGAAAUAUCCACAGAUCAAGAAUCUAUACGGACCGGACCCAACGUUCAAAUAUAUCGUUUCCGCGAUGGUUCUGACGCAAGUGUUUAUGAUGUAUUUGUUGCAGAAUCAAUCCUGGAAAAUAAUCACGUUGGUGGCGUACUGCUUCGGAGGAGUAAUCAACCAUUCUUUAACACUAGCGAAUCAUGAGAUAUCACAUAACAUGGCAUUCGGUUAUGGUAGACCUUUGGCAAAUCGCUACUUUGGAAUGUGGUGCAACUUACCGAUCGGAAUUCCUAUAUCGGUAUCGUUUAAAAAAUAUCACAUACUGCACCAUAGAUACCUGGCCAACGAAAAACUGGAUCCAGAUGUACCAAGUAUUCUGGAAGCGAAACUAUUCUGCAAUGCAUUUGGUAAAUUCAUAUGGCUAAUUCUACAGCCAUUGUUCUAUUCUUUGAGGCCUUUGUUUGUGAAUCCACUUCCGGUGGAAAAACUGGAAGUUAUCAACGCAGUGAUUCAAAUUACGUUCGAUGGUCUCGUGGUGUUGAUAUUUGGCUGGAGAAUGCUAGCAUAUUUGUUGAUCGGUACAUUCUUAGCUAUGAGCAUUCAUCCGGUAGCUGGUCAUUUCAUCGCCGAACAUUACAUGUUUGCAAAAGGUUUCGAAACAUACUCAUACUAUGGAUCAUUGAACUGGAUCACGUUUAAUGUUGGAUAUCAUAAUGAGCAUCAUGACUUUCCUGCGAUUCCUGGCAGUAGACUACCUGAAGUGAAAAGAAUAGCUCCGGAGUUUUACGACACUAUACCGCAGCACACAUCCUGGGUUCGAGUAAUGUACGAUUUUGUGAUGGACCCAGCGGUCGGUCCAUAUGCACGGAUAAAACGUAAGGCCUUGCAAGAAGCCAACUAGAAAACGUGAAGAGAUUGAACAGAGGAUUGUUUCCAUUAACAUCGAUGAUCUCGUGAAAUAUUGUUCGUCCAUCUUUCAAAUAGAAUAAGAAGUUUCAUAGAAACCACAUGGAAGUUAUUAAUGUCUCAAAAGGUGA